AUGAUGAGCUCCAGCCUGCUAGAAAACCCGGUGCAGGCGAUUCUGUACCUGCGGGAGCUCACCACUAUCGUGCAGAACCAGCAGAGCCUCAUCCAGACACAGCGCGCCCGGAUAGAGGAGCUGGACCGGCGGGUGGACGAGCUCAUCGGCGAGAACAGGCACCUGAUGGACGUCAGGGUCCAGCAGCAGCAUCCUUACCACCACCACCUCCACCACCAUCAUCUCCCCGACCCCAGCUGCCUCCAUCACCACCAUCACCCCCCACAUGAGGACCCCCAGCCUGCAGUUGCGGGGUCUCUGCCCGAACAUGCACCAGCAGCUCAGGUCGAGGUCGAGGCCACUCCGGAGGUCCAGCCUGCGCCUCCGCAACCUAUGGACCCGGGGGACAUGCAGCUGGUACCAGCCGAUCCGUCCACGGUCUCCCCGGUCGAGAGCGACCCAGAAAACGGGAGAAGUUUCACUAGCUGCCGCUCUUUGGUUCAGAUGACCCCCACAACCCUCUGUCGGUCUCUGGCCCUGUCCAAGAAAUCCGAGAGCGAGAUUGUGCUGCAUCAGUUUUGCUGCCCCGCCCCUGAACAUCCAGAGGCUGACACCACUGGCUCAUCUGGUGGACAGAUGCUGAGCCUGGAGGACGGAACAUCCUCCGGUGGCGGACAGGAAGUGGAGGGAACCAAGAGGGAGGGACCCAGCGAGUAUGAGAUCACCCUGGAGAAUAAAAACAAACAGAUAGAAGAGUUGGAGCAGAAGUACGGAGGCCACCUCAUAGCAAGGCGGGCGGCCCGCCGCAUCCAGACAGCCUUCCGUCAGUAUCAGCUCAGCAAAAACUUCCAGAAGAUUCGCAACUCGCUGUCGGAGAGUAAGUUGCCCCGCCGGAUCUCCAUGCGCCUUCCCAGCCCUUCAGGCCGCACCCGGAACGCAACCCAGAGACACAGUUACAGUCUGCACCCAGGAGGAGGACAGAUACCUCUGCGCUCCAAAACUCCCCCUCCUCCGCCAUGUCGGUCCACCUCUCUGCCCCCGUCUCCUGCAUCGGCUCCAGCAGCCGCUCCCUCUCCUGCCCCGACCACAGCUCCACCGCCAACGCCUGGACCCUCACUCACACAGCUGGAGGACUGCUUCAGUGAACAACUGCACUCUUUGGCCCAGUCAAUCGAUGAGGCCCUUCGUGGUUGGAGCCUAUCAGAGGGUGGAGAGGGGAAGGGGCUACUAAUGGACCCAGGGGCACUUCGCGCAGCGGCUGAGAGUGCCUGUCUUCCGCGCAGUGCCAGCUCGUUGCUCAUGGCCUUCAGGGAUGUCACUGUUCACAUUGACAGCAAUAGUUCCUACACCAUCUCCUCUGCCACCACCACAACCACAACCUCACUGGGCAACACAGGUGGGGGAGAGAUGGGCAGUAGAAAAACAUCUUUAGGCGGAAUGGCCGGGGGAGGAGAUGGCCAGUUCGCGGAGGAACCAGAAUUUCCCGCCCCGCCUCCCAGUGAGGAGCUGGAAAUGGUCGAUCCGGGUUCGAGGAGGGGCUCCACAGUGCCAGCUCCGGGAGGAGGAGGGAUGGAGGGGGAGAGUGGCUCAGACAGGCUGGGGUCCACUUCUAACUCUGCUUCCACCUCCAACCAGUCGAACCAGCAGCCUGCACAGAUUUACACCCAGUACCAGCAGUACCACUACACUCAUCCUCAGCAAAUCCCCGGGGGGCCGAGCCCUGAGGCCUUGCAGGCCCUGGUCGUCUCUCUGCCCAGGGACCGCUGCCAAGACCCAGCCUCGUGCCGUUCGCCAACCCUGUCCACAGACACACACCGCAAACGCCUCUAUCGUAUAGGACUCAACCUCUUCAAUGUGAACCCAGAAAGAGGCAUCCACUUCCUUAUCACGCGUGGCUUCGUCCCGGACACGGCCAUCGGAGUGGCUCACUUCUUGCUGCAGAGGAAGGGCCUGAGCCGACAGAUGAUUGGAGAGUUUUUGGGCAACAGCAAGCUGCAAUUCAACCGAGAUGUCCUCGAUUGCGUUGUGGAUGAGAUGGAUUUCUCAGGCAUGGAGCUCGACGAAGCCCUAAGAAAGUUCCAGGCUCAUGUCCGCGUUCAGGGAGAAGCGCAGAAAGUGGAGAGACUCAUCGAAGCCUUUAGCCAGAGGUACUGCAUGUGCAAUCCAGAUGUCGUGCAGCAGUUUCACAACCCAGACACCAUCUUCAUCCUGGCCUUUGCUGUGGUUCUCCUCAACACUGACAUGUACUCCCCCAACAUCAAACCCCAGCGCAAAAUGGGCCUCGAUGACUUCAUACGCAACCUAAGAGGUGUGGAUGAUGGAGCAGACAUACCCAGAGAGAUGGUGGCAGGCAUUUAUGAGAGGAUUCAGCAGCGAGAGCUCCGCUCAAAUGAAGACCACGUCACGUAUGUGAGUCGUGUGGAGCAGUCCAUCCUAGGCCUGAAAACUAUCCUCGCUGUGCCUCACAGACGUCUGGUGUGCUGCUGCCGCCUCUUUGAGGUGCCCGAUGCCAACAAGCCUCACAAGCAAAAACUGUCGCAGCUUCAGAGAGAGGUCUUCCUCUUCAACGACCUGCUGCUGAUCCUCAAACUGUGUCCCAAGAAAAAAAGCUCAGCCUCGUACACCUUCUGCAAAGCUAUGGGUCUUCUAGGAAUGCAGUUUCACCUCUUCAGCAAUGAGUACUACGCCCAUGGCAUCACCAUGCUGAGCCCAUUCACCUCAGAGAAGAAGCAGCUGGUGAGCUUCUGCUCCCCGAGUGGAGAGGAGCUCAGGAAGUUUGCGGAGGAGCUCCGAGAGGCUAUCACAGAGGUCAACGAGAUGGAGCAGAUACACAUCCAGUGGGAAUUGGAGAGGCAACAAGGCAUCCAGCCACACGGCAUACACACCAACGGUGGGCAAGUGGACACACACACAGGACACGGCUCUCCCUCAGGCCAACAGGAUAUGUAUGAUAAAACCGGCAACAACAACACAGUAGAGGUGUCAAUUCACAACAGGCUGCAGACCUAUCAACUGAGCCAGCCCAGCAUUGAGUCCGCACCCCUGGCCCUGGCCGCUCCGCCCGCUUUGCUCAGCUCCGUCCAGGCCGGGGAGCUCCGCCCAGAAACGCUCAUCCAGUGCCAGCAAAUUGUCAAGGUGAUCGUCGUUGACCAGAGCGGGCGAGGGCGGAUGGAGGCCUUCUUGAGUCAAGGCCCAGCCACUCAUCAGCUCAUCCAGUCUGCCCUGUCCACGCCCGUGCACGUCAGAGAGGGGGACGGCCCUCAGCCACCGCUGCCGCCUCCACCUCCACCCUACAACCACCCCCACCAGUUCUGUCCCCCUGACUCGCCCAUGCCCCUUCACCACACCAUGCCUCUCAUCCGCAGGCGCAACUCAAGCGGCUCCCGCAGCAUUGUCUGAGUCCUGGUUUACUCUCCGAACCGUGGAAGGGAGAAGUUACCUUCAUCCAAACAAACACAUGCUGGAGCCCGAAUCGACUCACUUGGAAUGGUAAGAUAAACGCAAAAAAAGGGAUUAUACUGUGUGAGUUGCAUUAAGGGACAAAGGAAAACAACAAGAAUCCAAUCACUGUCUUGACUGAGCAGCAUUGUGGCUUUUAAUGCCAUUUCUCUCCAACAUGUCUCCUGGUAGCUGAUGGUGUUGUCUGUCUACAUCUCACACUCUUUACCAGAUCAUAUGACUUUGCAUCUUUUUAAAUGUCACCUCUCCAAACAAUGUGUCUGUGAGCUGUGACCGUGAUGCCGAGGGGCGACGCCAGAAAACAAAACUCUGGCGGCCACAAAGGGACAUGGAUCGGCUUUAAAUGUUAAAGGACAAAACGUCUGCAUUGUCUUGUUUUCUUCCAAGAUAUUGAUGUUGAGGUCACACCUCUUUGUUGGGUGCAGGUUUUCAGUCAAAGAUAUCACAAUCACAGUGUUGGCACAGCUUCUCCACACUGUAAUGCUUUUAUUCCUGCAUAUCUGUAUAAUGUGAAGAAAACGGAGCAUCCACUUAUUUGUUUCCUUCAUGUUGUGGGGAACAGAGAAUCAGUGAGUGUAAGGACACGGUUGAAAAAGGUUCCAAUGUCUCUACUCUGUCAUGUUAAGUGAGCAAGGACGUUGUUACUCACUAAACUAACCUAAAAACCACAUCCUUAUGACAAUCAUACUGUUUCUGCUUUUUCGUUGUGUGUUUUUCUGAUCUCAUGUGAAAAGAUAUCUUCACAGUAGCGUGUGUGACGACCCUGAUUCUGUGGCAUUUGGCUGUCACAGAGCUCAGGAACAAACGUGGUGCAAUGGAACGUGUAAUAUCUGCACCUCUGAGUCGCACUGAGCUCAUUUGUGGGAGCAGAAUUCAUCCAAGGCUGAAACAGGCAGAUGCCUUUCUCCUCCUGUACAUUUCCUCCUAAUGAGUGUGAAUAUUUAGUGUUACCUUUGAAUUUAGGCAAUAUCUACACCCAGAAAACUCCUAGCUUUAGCUUGAAAAUGAAUAAAAAUGGCUCCACACAGGGUAGACUAAGGUCACCUAUAAUAAAAACAUCACUCACACAUACUUUAUUUUUCUUGCACACUGAAAAUGUUAUAUAAGCAGAGAUGCAUUCCUUUGCUGAAUGUUUAAUCAGGGGGAAAACUGAAGAUGUCCAUGGAAUAAUUAUUUCAAGUGUUGUCUGUCAUGUUGUCAAGCUUGAGCCAGUUUGUACAGCAGAUCACGAAUCAUCAUCAAACUGAAACGCACCACACACCUCUUGUACCUUUUUGCACCACAGAAUAUAUUGGAUAUAUUGUAAAUAGAUAAUAUAGAUUUAUUCUGAAAAAAAGUGAUUGGUUUGCCCAGUGUGUGUAUCUACGUAUGUAUUUGUACAGAGAAGAUCUAGUUUAAAAGAGAAAAAAAGAAUAUUAUUAUUAUUAUAGUUAAAAUGAUUAUUAUUCACAUUUAUUACCAGGAGGGUGUCCUACAUCCUACUGCUACUAGAGAUGAAAAACAGGCAGCUUUUAUAGAACACACUCCAGUUACCAUGGUAACACACACUGAUAUUAUUACAGAUCUACAUUCGUCAUUAAAAUACCAUGUCAUAUUAUUACAGGAUUAUUAAGAGAUGGCUGUGUCACCUGUUAAAGGUGUCUAAAGGGCUAUGCUGUAUUGGUGAAUACGUACAGUAAACCACCGGACACACACACACAAACACACACACAUGCACAGUGUUUAGAUGCUGUGCAAGUGCACACAUGCUCACAUGCUCACAUGCUCACUCACACACAUGCACAUACAUGCACAUAGCUGCCAAAGCAACAACAAAUCCAGCUUCGAUUCACUUUAGAAACUGCUUGAUUUCGCAAGUCAGCGUCCCCACUUUGUUUUUUCUGACUGACUUCUUCUAAAUAGCAUGAUGUUUUUAUUUUUAUUUCGCUUUUCUUUAACAGUUAGUGGGAGGAGUUUGAUUAUACGUUUGUAUCAUUAUUGUCAGGGCAUGAUGGGUUGAUUAAUGUCAUUUUAUUCACUCGCUCUACUUCCGCCCCUUCCUUUCUGCCCGACCCCCACUUAUCCCCAACCUCCGGUUUCUCUGUGGUUGCCAUGGAGACCUGCCAAUCUGCAUCCUUACUGUGGAGCACUGUCAUUAAUCUUUGCACCCUCACAAUAUUUCUAAAAAAAAAAAAUACAAUGGAGAUUUCUUAAAGAUCAACACAUUUAC